ACUGAAGUUGAAUAUAAAAUUUUCUUUAAUUCAUCCUUUUUUCAGAAGAUGGGAAAUUCUUAUGCCGGACAGCUGAAGACCACCCGUUUUGAAGAAGUCUUACAUAAUUCCAUUGAGGCCUCACUGCGGUCCAACAACUUGGUUCCCAGGCCAAUUUUUUCUCAGUUAUAUUUGGAAGCUGAGCAACAGCUUUCAUCCCUAGAAGCAGGCAGCCGGGGAGACAAUGAGGAAGAAGAAGAAGAAGAAGAGGAAGGAUUGGAGUCAAAUAGUCCCCUUAAUUCCUAUCAGAUGCACCCUCCUCCUGAAGGAUGCUGUACCACAGAUGGCUUUUGUCAAGCUGGAAAAGACUUGCGGCUCAUAUCCAUUUCUAAUGAACCAAUUGAGGUACCUUCAGGUUUUCUCCUUGUUGGGGCAAAGUCACCCAAUCUGCCAGAUCACCUUCUAGUUUGUGCUGUUGAUAAAAGAUUCUUACCAGAUGAUAAUGGACACAAUGCUCUCCUGGGUUUCUCCGGGAAUUGCGUUGGCUGUGGAAAGAAAGGAUUCUGUUACUUCACUGAAUUUUCCAAUCACAUCAAUCUUAAAUUGACCACCCAGCCAAAGAAACAGAAACACUUAAAGUAUUAUCUGGUUCGGAAUGCUCACGGGACUCUCAUGAAAGGCCCUUUAAUCUGCUGGAGGGGCUCCGAGCUCCGGAGCAGGCAGACAUCCUCAAGCACUUGUUCUAAUUCACUGUUCCAAGCUCCAGAGAGUUCAGUGCCCCCAGCUGCCUUCACAAGUGAGCCAGUUCUAGUAGCAAAUCCAAGUGUUCUGAUGGGAACUCAACUGACAGGCACUACAUCUGAUCAUCCUCUUCAAAUGUCAGCAAUGAGUCCAGCUGUUUUCAAUGGGAAAGAUUCACCCAAGCAUCAACAGUUAGUGAAAAACAAUUUGUCAGUCCCAACAAGACCCUCGGUAUUAGGCACUUUAACUAACUCGGGCCCUCCCAAGAAACGCCACAAAGGAUGGUCUCCUGAGUCUCCAUCAGUGAUAGACCCCUGCUACACACAGACAGGUACACACAGGAUGAAAAAUGACAAUGCAGGAGUGCCCUGUCUGCCUCAGACAGGUUUGUUGGGACCAGCCACAAUCUCGUCUCCUGUGGUAGCUGCUGGAGAGCCUGUUUCUGUUCCUGAUAACUUACUGAAAAUAUGCAAGGCCAAGCCUGUUAUAUUUAAAGGUCACGGGAACUUCCCCUACCUCUGUGGCAACCUUAGUGAUGUCAUAGUUAGUUCCCUUUUGUACACGUGCUACCAGAAUUCUCAGUCGAUAUCUCGAGCUUAUGAACAAUAUGGUGCAUCUACGAUACAGCCCAUAUCAGAGGAAAUGCAGCUUUUAUUGACAGUCUAUUAUCUUGUUCAGCUCGCUUCAGACCAGGUUCCUCUAAUUGAAGAUCUGGAGCAGAUAUUUAUGCGUUCCUGGAGAGAAUCCCAUUUGUCAGAGAUCCGUCAGUAUCAACAAGCUACACCGCAGCCCUUCCCUCAAGUUCCUAGUCACAUUGCCCCAGUGACAUCUGCCCAACUUCCAUGGCUGGCUGGCUUGGCAGCCAGUUCUUGCAAUGACAGUGUUCAUAUCAUUGAAUGUAGUUACUCCUUGGCAGAGGGACUUUCAGAGAUGUUCAAGUUACUUAUUGAAGGGAAACUUGUGAAAACUAACUACGUUGUGAUUAUAUGUGCAUGUAGGAAUACACCAAUUGACUCCUGUAUUGCAGUUACAGGAAAGUAUCAGGCCCGAAUUCUCUCUGAAAGCCUACUCAGCCCAACAGAGUAUCAGAAAGAAGUAAAUUAUGAGCUUAUGACUGGAAAAGUGGAAUCUUUAGGUGCCUUUUUUAGCACUCUUUGCCCAGAGGGUGACAUUGAUAUUUUGCUGGACAAGUUUUAUCAAGAAAACCAAAAUCACAUUUCUUCUUCACUUAAUACUUCAAUAAAUAAACCAGCAGCCCUGGAUGCCAGUGGGACUCCUUUGUGUACAAACUAUGGUCUUGAGCGGCACCAGAUACGUCCCUUGCAGUUAGCUGUGGCCCAGAAGCUCCUCUCCCAUGUGUGUUCCAUUGCUGACUCCAGCACUCAGAAUCUGGAUUUGGGCUCCUUUGAAAAAGUGGAUUUUCUGAUCUGUGUACCACCUUCAGAAGUGACUUAUCAACAGACAUUGUUUCAUCUCUGGCAUUCAGGAGUUUUGCUAGAGCUUGGCUUGGAAAAGGAGCAUGUGACUAAGCAGAGGCUAGAGCAGUAUGUAAUGAAGCUAGAUGCAGAGGCCCAGACCAAAUUUAAGGUUUUUCUGCAAAAUUCUCUUCAGAAUCCUCACACAUUGUUUGUCCUAAUCCAUGACCAUGCACACUGGGAUCUUGUGAGCAGUGCUGUUCAUAAUCUCUAUCCUCAAACUGAGCCAUCAGUAGGACUUGUUGAUCGACUACUCAACUGCAGAGAGGUGAAGGAGGCACCCAACAUUGUGACACUCCAUGUGACCUCCUUCCCAUAUGCUUUACAGACUCAGCACACCCUGAUCAGUCCUUACAAUGAGAUCCACUGGCCUGCUUCCUACAGUAAUGGAAUGGACUUAUAUCAGGAAAACAAAAAAUAUUUUGGACUCUCAGAAUUUAUCGAAUCUACUCUUUCUGGACACAGCCUCCCUUUGCUCCGAUAUGAUAGCUCUUUUGAAGCAAUGGUCAUGGCAUUAGGAAAAAGGUUUCCCAGGUUGCAUAGUGCAGUAAUAAGGACAUUUGUCCUUGUGCAGCAUUAUUCUGCAGCAAUGAUGGCCGUCAGUGGCCUAUCACAGAUGAAGAACUACACAUCUGUGGAGACUCUGGAGAUUACCCAGAACCUCAUUAACUCCUCUAAGCAAUGUGCCUGUGGGCAUGGGCUCAUGGUGGUGCUCCGUAUCCCUUGCAUUCCUCUGGCUGCUGUGGCCUAUGAGCGGCUCUAUCAUGUGAGGGAAAGACUAUCCCUAGAAGAGCAUUUUGAGAUCAUCUUGGGAAACCCCAAUUCUGCCAUCACCAUUGGGAAACAUUUUGUGGAACAACUAAAGACAUGGCAGAAAAUUGAAGAUGCAGAAUGGAGGCCUCAGACUUACCUCGAGUUAGAGGGGCUGCCUUGCAUAUUAAUAUUUAGUGGAAUGGAUCCUCAUGGAGAAUCCUUGCCAAGGUCUUUAAGGUACUGUGACCUGCGUUUAAUAAACUCAUCCUCCUUGGUGAGAACAACCUUAGAGCAAGAGCUUGGCUUGGCUGCCUAUUUUGUGAGCUCUGAAGUCCCCAUGGAGAAAGUGACCGUAGGUGAGGUCUUGGAAAGUGACCCGGAGAAGCUGAGCAGUACAGAUAAUGAAGAUGAAGAGAUAGUGACCGAAGGUUCUGUGUCAGAGAAGAGAAGUCCUGUCAAAAGGGAGAGAUCAUGCUCCCAUGAUUCUGUAUCUUCAUCUCUGUCCUCAAAAGCUUCAAGUAUGGCCUUUUGCAACGAGUCAUCUCCACCAGUGAUGGCAUUGGGUGAGAGGGCCAGAUCCCCACAACCUUCCCUCAACAGUGUGAUGGAAGAAGGUGUAGCUACCUGUGAGAAGCAGAGGCAGAAAGUAAGUCACAGUGCUCAGACCACCACUAUCAGGCACUGCCCUGGGCCAGGAGAGCAAGACAUGUGUCUGAAUCCAAAACCCAAACUUAAAAGUGUCCAGGUUUCAGUCACCUCCUCAUCUUCACCAUAUUCUUCCUCUUCCUCUUCUUCUUCUUCUGCACCGACUUCAAAUGCUUUCAUCUUGCAGAACUCCCAGUGCUCCAUGACCAAAGGAUUGAAGCAACCCCCUGUAGUUUUCCUGCCCAAGUUGGUGUAUGACAUGGUUACUUCCACAGACAGCAGCGGCCUUCCUAAGGCAUCUUCCCUCCUGCCCUACCAUUCAGUCAUGUGGGCCAGUUCUUUCCGUCCUCUCUUAAGUAAGAUGAUGACCUGCACAGAACAGUCUCUCUAUUACCGCCAGUGGACUAUCCCCAAACCAAGCCACAUGGACUACAAUAAUAGAAAUGAGGGCAGAAUGGACAACUUUCACCCCAGGAGACUGCUAUUGAGUGGACCCCCUCAGAUAGGAAAGACGGGCGCCUAUCUUCAGUUCCUCAGCAUCUUGUCUAGGAUGCUCAUCCGUCUGACAGAGGUUGAUGUCUAUGAUGAAGAAGAGAUCAACAUCAACUUAAGAGAAGAAUCAGGAGGGCAUUAUCCUCAGCACAGUGAUGCCUGGCCUGACUUAGAGACCUUUAAGAAAAUGCCUUUUGACUACAUUAUUCAUGAUCCUAAGUAUGAUGAUGCCAGUCUGAUUUGUUCACGCCACCAGAAUGUAAAGGGUGAAGACAAAUCAGCAACCAGGAAACAUGAGGAUUUGUAUAUACGGCGGCAGACGACACGAAUGAGAUUGUCCAAAUAUGCAGCCUAUAACACUUAUCAUCAUUGUGAGCAGUGCCAUCACUAUCUGGGCUUUAAUCCACGGUACCAGCUGUAUGAGUCCACCCUGCACGCCUUUGCCUUCUCUUACUCCAUGCUAGGAGAGGAAAUCCAGCUUCAUUUUAUCAUUCCUAAAUCAAAGGAGCACCAUUUUGUCUUCAGCCAACCUGGAGGCCAAUUGGAAAGUAUGAGGUUACCACUAGUCACUGAUAAGAACCAAGAAUUUAUAAAAAGUCCUACUUUCACUCCGACUACGGGUCGUCAUGAACAUGGGCUCUUUAACUUAUAUCAUGCAAUGGAUGGUGCUAAUCAUUUGCACGUGUUAGUUGUCAAAGAAUAUGAAAUGGCAAUAUAUAAGAAGUAUUGGCCCAACCACAUUAUGCUCGUUCUCCCAAGUAUCUUCAACAGUGCAGGAGUUGGUGCUGCCCAUUUUCUAAUAAAGGAGCUAUCCUACCAUAACCUAGAACUGGAACGGAACAGGCAAGAGGAAUUGGGCAUAAAACCUCAAGAUAUCUGGCCUUUCAUUGUCAUUUCAGAUGACUCCUGUGUUAUGUGGAAUAUGGUGGAUGUUGAUAAUGGAGGAGAAAGGCGGAGUGAAUACACCUGGUCUGAAAGGAAUGUUUCUUUGAAACACAUUCUGCAGCACAUUGAAGCAUCCCCUAAUGUCACUCAUUAUGCUCUAAUUGGGAUGAGGAAAUGGUCGAGUAAAACUCGGAGUGGAGACAUCCAGGAACCUUUCUCCCGCUGUCAUGUCCAUGACUUUAUCAUCCUCAAUGUGGAUCUGACACAGAAUGUACAGUAUAACCAGAAUCGAUUCACAUGUGAUGAUGUUGAUUUCAACCUGCGAGUGCACAGUGCUGGUCUCCUUUUGUGCCGAUUUAAUCGCUUCAGUGUCAUGAAAAAACAAAUUGCUGUUGGUGGCCAUAGGUCCUUCCACAUUAAAUCCAAGGUGUCUGAUAAUCCAGUGUCCAUUGCACCUUCCCAGUACAUCUGUGCUCCGGAUAGCAAGCACACUUUCCUUGCAGCUCCAGCCCAGCUUCUACUUGAAAAAUUCCUGCAGUAUCACAGCCAUCGUUUCUUCCCUCUGUCAUUGAAGAAUUAUGGACACCCUGUGCUGUCGGUUGAUUGUUACCUUAAUCUUGGACCUCAGGUUGCUGUUUGUUAUGUGAGUUCCAGGCCUCAUUCUUUAAACAUCAGCUGCUCAGACCUGCUGUUUAGUGGACUCCUACUAUACCUCUGUGACUCCUUUGUGGUUGCAAGCUUUUUGAAAAAGUUUCAUUUUCUGAAAGGUGCCACUUUGUGCGUCAUCUGUCAGGACCGUAACUCACUCCGUCAGACAGUUGUACGACUGGAGUUGGAAGAUGAGUGGCAGUUCAGGCUUCGGGAUGAGUUCCAGACAGCCAAUGCUAAGGAAGACAGACCACUUUUCUUCUUGACUGGGCGGCACAUUUGAAAGAAACAGCAGCCUUGUUUUCUGAAAGAGCAGAUACUUCAGAGAACCCUCCAGCCCCCCACCAAGGAUAGUGAAACUAUAAUGCUUCAGAACUACAAUAGUUCAGUGAUUUGUCCUUGGUCACAUUAGUAAGUUAGAGAUGGAGCUGGAAAAUCAAUUCUUCAGAAUGCCUAUUUCUUUGGGAAGUUUUCUGCAAAGGCAAGAUCACCAUCAACAAAUAGCCAUACUGAUAGAUCUGCAAAAAGAGCUUCAGAGCUGGAAAGGAUCUUUUGAGAUCAAGUCCUUACUCCUCAUUUUUAUAGGGAGAUAAACUGAGGCCCAGAGAAUAAAAGUUUAUGGAGAAGCCAGGGAUAUAUGACCCAGGGUUUUGGACUCUUGUUCCCUGGUGCCCUUUUAAUCACAAAAUAUUGCUGAGGCUUCUGGGACAUUUUUGAAUCAUUUUUUUUUUAAAGAACAAAGUUUUGACAUUUCACUAUAUAUUAUCUAUAGACUUCAUGACAGAAAUUAUGGUUACUUUUAGAUGACAUUGGACAUUCUUGGACAUUUGUUGAAGUGAAAACAUCUUUACAUAGGUAGAAAUACCAGCUAUGAAGUAUUUUUUUCUUCCCGUGUUCCCAUUUUGGAAAUAUUUAGAAACAGUGUUGAAAAAUCAUAAAUCUUAGAGAUAUUAUAUACAUCUGAAAAUGAAGUCAUUGGAAUAAAAAUUUUACAAUCUUAGAAUCUUGGUAAUAACUGGAAUUUGCUCUUGUGUAGAUCAAUUGAUUCAUUGAUUGAUCAACAAGUUUUUAUUAAGAGCUUUCUAUGUACCAGGUACUGUACUAAGCACUGAAGAUACAAAAAAAGACAAAACCAUGUUCUUUGCCUUCAAAGAACUCAAAUUCUAAAUAGACAACAUGCAAACAACUAUAUAAAUAUUAGACAAAUACACUAUAAAUGGGAGAUAAUUUCAGAGGGAAGGCAUUGGCAAUGGGGAUAGGAGAGGAAAAAGGAUAAUACUAGAUUGUCUAAAUUUUUCAUACUUUAGAAAUAAAAUCAAGAUGCCAAAUUAGUCACUUAAUGAUUAAGUACAUUUGAACACAUGAUUUAAUUUCUUUUAAAAAUAUUUAUAUUAAUAGCUUUUCAUUUUUUAUGUCAAUCAUUUCUCAAUAUACCCCCUUCCAUUGAAUUCUUCCUUUUAACAAAGAAAAAAAAUUAUGUAAAACCAAUGGACAAAAUCAGAUAGUAGAUUAUACCUUUUUUUUGUUGCUUCUGUGGUCCCCUACCUCUCUGCUGAGAUUAGAGAAAAGAGUUUUAGCAUCUGUCAUGUGGUUUAAUUUCCUAACAAAGCUCUAUACUGUGGUUGGCAUUUGGUUUCUGUAUGAGAGCAACUUAGAGGACUAUCUAUUGCCAAGAAUGAAAAUAAAAAGACAUGUCCUUAGAUACUCAUAAAUAUAAUGUGUGGUAGGAAGGAAAUCAUAUGGUGUCUUCCAAAACAAAAAUUGACUCACAGAGAAGUGAGAAGGGAAUUGUCUAGUGAAAAAAAACACAACCCAAAGAACCUGUGACCAUUUGCUUAUUACUAAAAAUUUAUUUUCAAAUUCUUCAUUAAGUCUUGACUUUGCUGACAGGUAAAGUAUACCGCUUGAAAUAUUUGUAUAAAUUAAGGACUUCCAGUUAGGGAGAAAAAGGACCAAAGGAUUUCAGAAGAGACUAACAUUUGAGAAAACAUCUGAGUCAAAAGGCAUUUUUCCAGAUAUCUACUUUUAAGAAGGCACUGAAACACACUAAUGGUGAUAACUUUUUGCCUGGCUUGGACUUGAAGACAUUGCACAAGAAAUAAUAGAACCAGAAGAAAUAUCUUUGAAAGAUGGUGCCAAAGAUUGUGUGUUGAUGUUUCAUUUUUCCCUUAAGAAAAAAAGCCCCUGAAACUUGUGAUUUUGGCAGAUUUGGGUUGAUGUUUACAAAAUUAUUAGCAAAUGGUAAUCUUGUAUAUUUCACUAUUCCUAUUUUGGAAUGAAACUUUACUUUCUGUAGUUUUUUAUUUUGUAAAUAAUAUCUACUGUGCAGCUUCCUCUUACAUUGUAUUAGUUAAUUUAAAACUUUCAAAAGGUCUUAAUAUUCAUGUUGGCUUCGUUCUUUAUAAAUAAAACUUGCAAUGCA